AAAGAAAAAAAUAAAAAGUAAAGAGAGAGAUGCUCUGCUAAUAACCUUGACAUGUGCAAAAAGGAAUCUUAACAUGCCCACCAACAAUUCAUUUUUUGUCCGUACUAUUUUAUUAACAACUCAUACACUGUAUGUUUUGGGUUUUUAAUCAAGAUUAAAUCCCAGGCGUUGCAGCAAUCCAAGGGUCAUAAUGUGACAAUCUGUAUGCAAAAUAUAAAUUUAUUGAGAGAGAUCAUCUAGCUCAAACAGAAAUCAGAAACAGUAAUGCUCCACAAGAGAAAUGGAAAGAGAGCUGAAAGGGGUAGGUGAAGAAGUGUUAGAUCAUGAGCAAGCCAAAAAAGAAAUCUGGAAAUACAUACUGGGAUUUGCAGAAAUGGCAGUGGUGAAAUGUGCCGUGGAGCUUAAGAUAGCCGACGCCAUUGAAUCACAUGGAAACCCCAUGACACUCCCGGAGUUAGCAUCCACACUAGGCUGCUCUGCUUCCCACCUUCACCGCAUCAUGAGGUUCUUAGUCCACCGGGGCAUAUUCAAAGAGACAGCAACAAAUAUAGUCCAAUCUUCUCCAACCUACUCACAAACCCCUCUUUCCCGGCUGCUCAUGAGAUCCGGACAACACAGCAUGGGUUCCUUCAUCUUGCUCGAGAGCUUGCCACCAAUGCUGGCUCCAUGGCAUGGCUUGAGCAGCCGAGUACAGGGUGGAGACUCAUCAGCAUUUGAGGCUGCAAAUGGCGAGGACUAUUGGAGCUAUGCAGCAGCCAAUCCCGCUGUCAACCAGCUUAUCAAUGAUGCAAUGGCUUGCAAUGCAAGGCUGAAUGUGGAUGCCAUCGUUGAUAAGUGCAAGGACUUAUUCCAAGGGGUUGAGACUGUGGUGGAUGUGGGAGGAGGAAAUGGGACUACUAUGGGUAUGCUGAUCAAGGCUUUUCCAUGGAUUCGAGGAAUAAACUUUGAUCUUCCUCAUGUUAUAAAUGAUGCAAAGGAAUUUGAAGGUGUUGAGAAUGUUGGAGGUGACAUGUUUGAUUCUGUUCCUAAGGCUGAUGUUGUUUUUAUCAUGUCUGUUCUUCAUGACUGGGGAGAUGAAGAGUGUAUCAAGGUACUAAAGAAGUGCAAGGAAGCAAUUCCAGAGGAAAAAGGGAAGGUGAUAAUAGUAGAUGCUGUUAUAGAAAAUGAAAAAGAAAAAGAAGAAGAUGGGCUAAGUGAUGCGAGAUUGAGGCUGGACAUAGCCAUGAUGGCACAUACCAUUACAGGCAGAGAAAGGACAAUGAAGGAAUGGGAAUACAUUCUUGUGCAAGCAGGAUUUAACAGACACAUAGUGAGACCCAUUGAUGUUGUGCCAUCUGUUAUUGAGGCUUUCCCUUAAAUCGAAAAAAAUAUGGGUUGUAAAAUAAUUUUUGUUUUCAAAUAAGUCUUUGAUUGUAUGUCUUAGAUACAUUAUAUCAAAAUUAGCCAAAAUUUAUGGGUUAUUCAAUAUGGUCCAACAUGCCAAAAAGAUGUAAGUUUUAUAAGGAACAGGUAGCACUUAGAUAAUACCAUGAAUUUUACAGUGGGCUGCAUAGUAUUGCUCAAUAAAUUAUUUACAGUAAGGAUAAUAUUUAGUGGAGUUGUGACAACUCAAGUUAGUGGGAUCAAUAAUGCUGCGAUGCAUAUAUGUCAUAGUUACAAUAAUUGAGGUGUUUAUUGUUUUUUAAUGGAUGGCAAAAAGGACAAAAGCAAAAAGACAAACAGCAACAGAGAAACAACUAGGGGAAAAAGCUAGGAAUUGACAAUUGCUAACAUCAGGCUCUUGUUAUUUUACUUUCUAUAUCACUCACUUUUAUAUCUGAAAAGUGCUAGGUAACUCGAUAUAACAUUAAACUUCCAUAAGAAAUUUAACAAUAAGAAACAAAUAAAAAUAGAAUUCUUUAUCAAAUGUUUUGUUAUGCAAGCUAGGGUUCUCAUAUAAUUUUUUAUGUUCAGGUUCUGAUCCUCUAUUGCUUCUCCUUUGUGACCAAUAACUACUCUCAUAGGUCAGCAGUGGCUAAAUUGAAAUUAGUAUGAUCCGUGAAGCUUCAAAUUAUGGAUUAUUGGGCUUGAAAUAUUGGUCUCAUACAAAAACAAUCCAGAUUCCACAGUAUGUUAGUUUUUUCUUAGCAUACAAUUAAUUUUCUGUCCUUAAUCUAAGGGAUUAAACCCUAAUUCUUAAUUACCAGAGCCAUAAUAAAAUAUGCAUAAAGCAAAAAUACUUAAGACUUAUUGUGGCUCAUCCUCAAUGUGAGAGUGCAUAUAUAUACACUUUGUGAUGUAGAUCUCCUGUCUCUCAAACACUACAAACUGAACUUUCAUAUAGUAUCUCAUUCUUCUCUAAUUUUAACAACCAACGUCUAAUAUUUCAUUAUAUGGUGGGGAAAUUAAUGCACCAAAGUACAAUUAUAAAAAAACCUAAAACACCUUUAAACUAAUUAGGCACACAACCUAACACUUGAGAGGAUAGGAAUUAGUACUCACAAGAAAAUUGGGUCAAACGGUGAAAAUUCAGUCAUAUUGAAGUUGAUGGAUGGUCAUUCGUUGUAAUUAUAUUUGAGGCUUUUUAUUUGUUUUUUUAUACUCCAUUUUCCCUCUUUUCUUGCUCAAGAAAAAAAUAAAAUAAAAUAAUAAUAAAGAAGAAGAAGAAGAAGAAGAAGAAAAAUGAAAAGAAAACACAUAACAGCAAAGACACAACUAGGAGAGGAGCUAGGGAAUUGAUAUAAUAGACAUCAGUUUCUACAUCACCUUCACAUAUUCCUGGUCAUGAAUUUCAGAAAGAGCAGAAAACCAAAAUUUUAAGUAUUCCAGGUUUACUGUAAUUUCUAAUACGCGCACGAGUAAGGAUCGAGUUCUGCACAUUCUGUUAAGCUGUGAGUUUAUGGGAUAUUUUAAAGGGGAAUUUGGCCCAAUACCCUUGUUUUAAAGGCUUUAAUGAAAACUACCCAGCCGUUUCCAACCUUUUUUGUUUUACCCUUCUAUUUUCAAAUAUCCCCACAUUACCCUUUGCAAAUGUGAAAGGAAGAAUGAAGAUGUAAGGUUACGCCAUUUUUCCCCUAAACGGAGCAUGAAGAAGAAGAGGAAGAGAAAGUGAGAGAGAAUGGCGAAGCGUUUUAGGACAAUCGGAGUUCUUCAGGAGGAGGAGCGAGUGGAGGAAGCAUCCAAGGCUCAGCAAUCAGCUCUGCCAUGCCCUUCUCGGUCUUAGCCUCAGAGUCGACGAGCAGGUCUACAACAAACUCCUCCUUCCUCUUCUUCUUCUUCUUCUUCUUCUUCUCACCACUCUUCCCAUUCCUCUGCUUCUCACUGACUCACUGAGACAACUAAAACAAUAACCUCAUCAGGAUGAUGGAUUUGUUAUAUGUAUAUUUUCUCUUUCUGGAAGUAAUGCCCAAGAUGGACAUUUAGCUGCUGGUCGUAAUGGUGUAAAGCGCCUCAGAACUAUAAGUUCUCAUCUAUUUUACUCUUUGAUGUGGUCAAACAACCAAAUAUUUUAUCAUUCCUUUAUAGUAUGGAGACUAAAACUUUUCGUGGUAAUACAACAAAGGUUGCUAUCUAUAUUGUCAUGGAGCCUGUUGUUCCACUAUUAGAAAAGAUCAAGGAACUAAAUUUGGAAGGUACAUAAAGAAUGGUUUUCAGUGGUUUGGCUAGGAACAUAGAUUGAAGAAAAUGGAGAGGAAAGUGAAGAAAAUGAAAAGAUUUGUCGCUGCUACAACACAACUAUUACAAGAGCAAGAAGUGCUUAUGAAGCUUGAGCAAACUUUGAGGAGAAUGCAAGUCAAUGCUCAGUUAGAUCGUGUGAACUUGCUUGAGUUCCAGCAGAUGGUGAUGUGGCAACAUCAAGAAAUGAGAAAUUUAAAAGAUUUGUGUCCAUGGAAUAGAACUUUCAUGCGGAUGAGUUAUGUUGCACCUUUUAAAGGAUGCAUGGUGGGUGGAAUUGAUUCUUCCGUUGAAGAGAUAUGCAAGCCAACCAUUGGUGGUUCAAUGCAGUUGAGAAAUGUUAGUAUUGAAUUGGUUGUGAGUCAAGUCUUCCACAAGGCUAUUUAUUGUUCACAAAAGAGAAUUAAAGCCAUAAAUUUCCACUUCAUUCCAUGAAAGCUGUUUUGAGCA